GUCAUUGAGGUAAUGCAUUUGAACUAUAAAAGUUUAAUGAAAAUGUUGUAAUCUGUAAAAUUUGUUAAUCUGUAAAAUCUGUAACAAUCUUUGGCAAAGGGAUUCAUGUUUGUUCCUACUACUACUCAUGUGUACUGGCAUUAGUGAACAAAUCUUUGCAUAAAAUACACUAUACACCUUAAUUAGGUAGUCUGCCUAAAAGUGAAAAAUGAGGAAUAGCUCAGUCGUGAUGCAAUUUUUUAUAAUUUCUCUGAAAAAUCUAUGGGAGGUGCUUUGUCAACAACAUUUCUCAACAACAUUUCCAGAUACCUAAGACUAGAAUUACUGAGGUUUUGUCUAAUUCUCUUGUUCUUUUAUUUAUUAUGCAAAAUAGCUUUGAUUUAUCAUAAUUUUUUAAAACCUGAAUAUUUAUGAAAUUUAGCUUAAAAAAUAUAGGCAAGUACCUAGAUCUGAAAGAAAAAGAAGAAUGCCAUUGACAUAAACUAACUUUAUGUUUUUUCUCUCUCUUUCUCUUGCAAUCUCUCCCCUUCUUCUUAAUUAUGACACUUUAAUGGCUAAGCAUUGUCCUGAUGAAUUCCACAAGGGCUCUAUUCUCUAUUGCCAAGGAAAAUAGAAGGGACAGCCAUAAAUGUAUAGUGUAAUUUAACCAGGCAAUUGAAGAAUUUUCUUCCCCUUACAAGUGUAUCACUUGAGCAACAUUUAUAUUCUGAGGAGUUCUGAUGUUGGAGGCAACUGGCUCAGAAAGUAAGAUAUCUUUUAAAGCUCUGGAAUGUUUAUGACAUUCAAAGAAUGAUCCUUAGGUUAUUUAACAGAACUACAGUAUGGAGUCUCAAAGCACUUUCCAAGUAUGACAAAGGCACAAGUCAGUCUUUCUCUUGGAACAUUUUUGCUUACUGUCUUUGCACUACUAUCCAUGGCUUCUAAUGAACCACCUUCCAGUCCCAUUACCAUUCCCAAGCCACUGAGUGAUGCUACUGCCAGAGUUGCUAUCAGUUCCACAAGCUGCAGCACUACCUGUGGCCUGGGCUACAAGGUAGAGGAAAGAUGUAAAAUCACACCAAAUGGGGAAAGGCAACAGUGCUCCAAGAGGAGAGUGGACUGCCUGAGCAACUGGAUUUGUGGGAUGGUCCACUACACUGUCCUCGUUGGUGAAUCCUUUGAGUUCAGCUGCCUGAACACAGAGGAAGUUGGUCCAGAGACACAGAGCUUUAGUUAUACAUGGAGGGUGGCCAGAGGCAUCAUCAGCACAGACGAUGCUCUCUUCAAACCUUUCAAGAGUUCAGGAUUUGUCAUUAACUUUUCUCCUGUUGAGGAAUAUGAUGCAGGAACAUACAGAUGUGAUGUGCAGUUCAUGAAAACGUACAAGAUUGUAAAGAGAAUCUAUGUUGGCAUUCGAGUGAUUCCUGGUCACCUGGUGGAUUUAAACUUUGACAAAUCCUUGAAUGAAGAGCAGAAAUUAGAAAUCAUGAAUGAAGGAAACGAACAGAAUGCUACCGCUGCUCCAAUCGAGGAACAACUGAAGUCUUGGCAACAGAGAGCUGCGUUUAUGUUUCUGAUAGGCAUUGGAAGUGGAGCAUUGGGAGGGAUUUUAUUGCACACACUUUUAUAUUAUCUCCUGAAAGCUUCUGCUGACAAUGAACAUGUGGAAGAAUGAAAUGCACUGUUUUAUACUCUGCUUUAGGAUGACUUCUGUACUUGCCAGUGUCACUAUACUGAAGUAUAAGUUAGACCAUACAUUGAAUUUAUAACUCCAGUUUGGUUCCUCCAUUUUUAAGCUUCUAUGAAAAGGAGGUUAUUAUACAAAAAACUUUCUGGAGGACCCAACCUUAUCCUACUCAUCUACUGUGUCUCUCAACCACACCAGCUCCAUAGUACAUAUUUAUGAAUAAAAAAGAAAUGAUUUCACAGUUGGACUGUACACAUUUAUGGUUUCCUUUGAUACCAAAUAUUACACUCAGUCCACUGAACGUCAUAUUGAGAUACGAGGUACAAACUAAGGGUGCAUUGACACUGAGAAUCAAUGUGGUUAGACAUAAUUUUUAACUGCCAUUGCAUAAUGCUUUGGAAUCCUGUAGAUUGUAGUUUGGCCGAGAAGGAUAAAGAAUUUGUAAAUUGGCAAACUAAAUUAAGUCUACAGUGUAGUUUCACAUAUUGUGCAUGUACAACUUUCAGCUGAUUGUACUUCCAUCUCCCUUCAAUCUCCACUAUGAAUGCCACUUGAUCGCUACUCCUAAUGGUGGCAAAUUCAGAAACCAGGAAAUAAUUUUUGCCUCACCGUGUUGCCUGGAGGAUCACCUGUGCUGCAGAAAAAGCAACAGGUGGAGUCCUACUCGUUUCAGAUACUAUACAAAAAGCAACUGCAGAUUGGAGGUUCUGCAUCAGUGCUAUAAAUUAUGAUAGAUACUAGCAAUGAAGCAAGCUCAACAUUAUCAAGAGAACGGAGUUGUAGAAGAAGUCAGUUCUACUAGUGGUCUGUGGACUACUGCUGGACCCAGAGGCAUAUGCUUCUGGUCCAUGGAGAACUUCCAUGAACAAAAGGAACAAUAGUGAUAAGUAUAAAUGUGUUAUUGGCCCUUGGCACAUGGGGAAAAUGCCAGUCUUCCACAUCAGAUAGCUUAAGAAAAAUUGGUGUAAGCAUUUCUGUCAAAACUAGACAUUUUAAAAGUUUCUCUCUGCUUGUGUGGACAAUCCUUGUUUGCAUUUCAUGUUUGAAUUGUCCUGCCAGAUUUAUCCUUGCCAUGUUAUUCUGAUUCAAUUUCCCCCUUCUUCAAGUCAUCCUCAUAUCCUACCUAUGUUCUAAUCUGCUUGGAAAUAACUCACACCAGAGAAGUUUGCUGAAGUCAUUAGAGAUCUUUAUUUCAGAACUGCGUGCUACUGUAGCCAACAAGUAAUAAUAA